GAGUAUCCGUGACUCGAAGGCAGCUGGCGUGAACGGCUGUGAAAGCGUUGAAGGUCUCUCAGUUGGUCAGCUACGCCUCUGCCAGCUAUAUCCAGAUCACAUGUUGGCAAUCGCUUCUGGAGUAGCAACUGCCAUCACCGAGUGCCAACAUCAGUUUCAGUCUCGGAGGUGGAAUUGCUCCACUGUCCAGGACUCUUCAGUAUUCGGUCCUCUCAACAAUAUCGGAAGUCGGGAGUCAGCUUUUGUUCACUCAAUAAGCUCAGCAGGUGUAACGCAUUCCUUAGCAAGACAGUGCAGAGAUGGUCAGCUUUCUUCUUGCAGUUGUUCACGUGCAGCCAGACCCAAGGACCUGCAUAACGAUUGGAAAUGGGGUGGAUGUGGUGAUAAUCUAGUCUAUGGAUACAGAUUCACUCAAAGUUUCGUGGACGUAAGAGAAAGGGAAACAAGGUAUCGACGUGGAACACAGAAACAAGGGAGGGCUUUAAUGAAUCUUCAUAAUAAUGAAGCAGGAAGAAGGGCUGUAAUUGUGAUGUCACGUGUUACUUGCAAAUGUCAUGGAGUUUCUGGAUCUUGUAGUCUGAUAACAUGUUGGCAACAAUUGCCAUCAUUUCGAGAAAUUGGUGACUAUCUACGAGAUAAAUAUGAUGGGGCUACUGAAGUUAAAGUAAAUAAAAGAGGAAAACUACAAAUUAAGGAUCCGAGAUUUUCUUUGCCUAGUGCAAAUGAUUUAAUAUAUGUUGAAGAAUCACCAAGCUACUGUGUCCCAAACACAACUGUUGGCUCUUUAGGAACACAAGGACGGAUGUGUAACAGAACUUCUCCUGGGAUGGAUGGAUGCAAUUUAAUGUGCUGUGGAAGAGGAUAUAACACUCAAAAAGUCAAUCUUAAAGAAAGAUGUGAAUGUCAGUUUCAUUGGUGCUGUUAUGUUAAGUGUAAACUAUGUGUCAAAACAGUUGAUAUUCAUAGCUGUAAAUAACUGUCUAUUUUAGUAGUUCAAUGAAUUCAACUAACCAAUUAAAAAAAAAUUCAAAUAUUCAUAAAUAUUUCUAAUGGAAAAUUAUAAUGAUAAAUUUGUCUUUAAAUUUAAUACCUCAUUUAAUUAACCUUACAUAAAAUGCAUAGAGAUUGGUGGUAGUAUACCACCUAAUUUAUAGCAUAAAUGUUUAUUUAUUGCAUAGUGCCCACCAUUAAGUAUAAUAUAAAUACCCUUAAAUAGAUUAGGAUGUUUGUACAAAAAGAAGUUGGUUUGAAGUACAAAUUGAUGAUCUUUAGGUUCUCUAUCUGAUCAGACUCUAAGGAAUGAGCUAAAAUAAAAUAUCACAUAGUCAAAACUAUUUCCUUUAAUAAGCUUUAUAGAUUGUACCCAGAAUUAGGUAAAAAUCUAUUUAAC